AUGAUAGAUGAUUCAACACGUGUUAUGCUUGGAAAAAGCAAGGACUACAUCAAUGCUAGUUAUAUUAGAAUAGUAAAUUGUGAAGAAGAGUAUUUUUAUAUCGCUGCCCAAGGACCACUGCCAGAAACUACAGAUGACUUUUGGCAAAUGGUUUGGGAAAAUAAUUCUAAUGUUAUUGCUAUGAUAACCAGAGAGGUAGAAGGUGGCAUUAUCAAAUGUCACCCUUACUGGCCCAUUUCUCUGAAGAAGCCUCUGGAAUUGAAACAACUCCGUAUCUUUCUGGAGAACUACCAGAUAACUGAAUAUUUCAUCAUUCGAAUAAUUCAAAUUGUGAAGAAAUCUACUGGAACAAGUCACAGUGUAAAACACUUGCAGUUCACCAAAUGGCCAGACCAUGGCACUCCUGCCUCAGCAGAUAAUUUCAUAAAAUAUGUUCGUUAUGUAAGGAAGAGCCACAUUACAGGACCCUUGAUUGUUCACUGUAGUGCUGGUGUAGGCCGGUCAGGGGUAUUCAUAUGUGCGGAUGUCGUGUUCUGUGCCAUCGGAAAGAACUACUCAUUCAACAUCUUCAAUAUAGUGACCCAAAUGAGAAAACAGCGCUUUGGCAUGAUUCAAACGCAGGAGCAGUAUCACUUUUGCUAUGAAAUUGUGCGUAAAGUUCUUCAGAAACUUCUGACUUUGGAAUAA